UCGGCCUUUGAAAUUUCUCCACAACGAGAGUAUGUUUUCCCUCCCCGUCCCUCCAACAAUCAUUUUCUCAUCUGUACAUUCAAACCGACCUCAGCUCUUCGCCCAUUGUAGAUAUUCAAACCAUAUUAGAUAUUAGAUAUUCAGAUAUUCAGAUAUUUCAUCCUCUUUUUCCCGUAUCAAAACGUCUACCCAAAAUGGGAAAACGACAAUUUACAUCGCAGGCUUCUAGCACUCGUGCUGCCACUGCUGCUGCCCCGGGCUCCGGAUUCGGUUUUACUACAACAUCUACCAGAUUAUCAUACCUCUCGGAACCAUCAAACCUCUCUUUAAUUAGUGACGCCAAUGUCGUUGUGUCAUUCAAGAACCUUUCCAAGAAAGAUGGAACAACAAAGUCGAAGGGUUUAGAGGAUCUGCGGACAUUCGUUCAAAAUCAACCAAACGAGCAAGGAGGCAUUGAAGAGUCAAUUUUAGAAGCUUGGGUAAGAUGCGUCAUGGAGAACGUAGCAAGUGCAUUUUCUAACACAUUAUACAGGUCAAUGUCUAUCCUCGAAUUUCCAUAGAUAAUUCACGCCGCGUUCGCGAACUAUCUCAUAGUGUGCAGUAUGAGCUUUUAAAAUCGGCUCGGAAGAGAAUGGAAAGAUAUAUACCAAAAAUUGUGGGAAGCUGGCUGGCAGGAACAUAUGAUAGAGACCGAGCCGUAGCGCGAUCUGCGACAGAUGGUCUUGCAUCUUUCCUCGAUACGGAUGCUAAAAUGAAUAUGUUUUGGAGGCGUUGCCAGAACGAGAUCCUCGACUACGCCGAGGAAGCCUUAAAUGAAACCCCUUAUACUUUAAGCGACGAAAGAUCGGUCCCGACAGAAGACGCAAAUGAAAAGUACUUUAGGGUGAACAGCGCGAGCGUAUCUCUUCUCGCCAAUCUGCUGGCCAAGCUCAGCAAUGAUGAUAUAUCCAAGCAUCAAGAUAGCUACGAAAAGGUUAUUUUCAGCAAUAAGAAUUUAUGGACUUUGGCUUCAUGUGAGGAUGCUUCUGCGAGAAAAAGUACCAAUAAACUGCUGUUGCUUUGCCUUGAUAAGCAAACUCAACUGGUCGAGAACAACCUCGUAACUAUUAGUCGUGCAUUCAUAUCAAAGGCACUGAGAUCACCUCAACCAACAUCUGCUUUGCAGCUGUUGCAGACUUUACACCAAUUAACCAAACAAUUUCCCCAAGUAUGGACUUCUGCAUAUAAAGGAAAACAUUCCGCCGCAGACGAUUUAAAAUCUUUCGUUCGAAAAGGCUCACAAGGCUCUUCUCCUGUCUAUUGGCAGACAUUGCGAGCUCUUGUGGCAAUUUUACCAAUAGCUGUUCUACCACAAGAAUCCGAUUCUAUCUUGGAGUUUCUGGAGGUAUUCCGCAAGAGCAUCAACCAGAGAGAGGAACAUAAGGCCAAUUCUCAUGAAGCGUGGCUUGCUUACGGACAAACAUCAAACAUUUGUAUUCGAAACCUGUCAAGUUCCCAACAAAUGGAGGUCACGCAAAAAUCCACCUAUCCUGUAUUUGAGCACUAUCUCCAUCCAUCUUCAAAUACUUCCGAGUGGCUGAUUAGGAGUAAUACCCCUGCUACGACGAUAUCAUUUUUCAUAAUCACUCUGGGAAAAAACUCAAAUCUUCAGCCGUCCUUUGCGGAAGAAUGGCAAAAGCUCGCUCAAGGAUUUAUUACGAGGAUUCAAACAUCAAUGCCGGAGCAAUCCAAAGACUAUUCAUCGUCACAAGAUGCGGUAAUCGCCGAAAGCCGUCGAUGGUUCUCGCUUUUGUCUGAAACCUUCAAGCUAAAGGACUUUGCGGCCGAUCAAAAUCCUCUUCUUCAACCUUCCCGCGAUAUAGUUGAUAGUGCUCUUCAAGUCAUUAUUAACAGGAAUGGGAAACCGUACUCUGCUAGUGCGGUGUUAGAAUUCGUGCUGAGGUCCUCUCCGCAGUUAUUUGAAGCUUCUUCCUCGACCUUGGAGGCCGUAAAGACAUUUAUGGAAACUCAUCUUCCCAAGUUGCUUUCGUCUCCGUCGUCCUCGUACCUAGCUUCAGCUUUAGACCAAUUCCGUUCAAUCCCUGGACAGCAAAGUACAUACAAGAACAUCUGGCAGGCCGCUAUCGAUGCCCUGUUAUCGACCCCCGAUGACUUGCAACGACAGAAAACCAUCACGGCGCUAAUAUCUUCUAAUGAUGUUUCGGAUUUGGUUGUUGAUGAUCAGGCUCUCCAAGAUUUCCUUCUUGAAACUUCAUGCGAAGUAGUAAAAGGCAGCAACGAGGGAUGGCCCUUAUUCGAAGCGGCAGUGUUUUUCAAUGGAUUUUCCAGACCAACAGAACGCUUGUUACUGCAAAGUAUAAUUUCUGCAUUAGAUGCCUCUAAUCCCAGCAUAAACGUUGUCUUUAAAGCACUUGAGUUACUUUCCAUAAGACGACCUGAAGUUAUUCGAGAAGGAGAUGCGCAUGUGGAUCUAAUCACGAAGCUUUUGGCACUGACAGAGCUGUCAGAUUCUGAGCUUGGUAAACGGGCUAUGAAUUUACGAUCGUUGAUUGACAGCGGAACUGGUGUGACCGCUUCUUCUGUCCUUCAUAUACUCAAAAAAAACUUGGAAAAUGCAAAUCCUCAAACAUUGACGUGAGUAUAGUUCUCCAUCGCAACCUCUAACUGCUCAAACAGAGGUGGCUGACAAUGAUUUCUAGCAUCGAUACACUUAUUCAACAGGCCGAAGCAGUUAUUGCUGCCUCAGAUGAUAAUUCACUCCAUCCCGAACUCUUUCCAGAUGCCAUCAAAUGGUCUCAAGCCUUAGCUCCUCUAUUGGACCAAGCGCCAAAUCCUACUUUGGGAGUGAUGAGACCCUUUGCGGGAGCUGUGUUCUUGGUUCAAACACAAAAAGGUAGUAACAUUCCCCGACCUGGAAGAGACCUCGAUGGCUAUUCUGUAGCUCUGAGAAUGGCGAUGUACUCGGCACGUUUAAUUCGAGAGCAUCCUGAUCGCUUAUCAAAAGAUGCUUUGGUCGAGAUUCUUUAUCUUAUGGGCUUGACUGUAGAACUAGCGAACGACCAACUAGACUUGCUAGAAACCAACAAGCUUUUCGUUUUAUCAUCCGAAGAAGCUAUUGCUGCUGCGCGCGAAUUUGUGGACAGGAUAUAUCAAGAGUCGUGGCCAUUCAUCUUACUCCAUUCGAAAGCUUGGCAAGAGGGUUUCGAAUCAGGGUCGCCGCUUGAAUUUUCGGGUGUUGUUCACACCCUGGUUCUGAAGCUCAUAAAUGCCUCCUCAGGCAAUACAUCUACUUCUUUCUACUCUGCUCGUGUAUUGAGCCAUCUAUUACCCAAGCUUGUUGAACAACAUGGAUGGCAAGCCGGGAGCGAGGAAUGGAUCGCCAACCUUGCAAUUCUUAAGUCCUCUACAUCGAACGUCUUUGGGGCUGUUGCCAUCUUGGCCGGGCUUCACGAAACUCUCAGUACCAGCCAGCUUGUGAGCAAUCUUUGCAAUCAGCUCAUUAGUGAUGUUGCUGGUGCCACUGCUCAAUCUGAAAAAUCUCUUGGUUUACUUGUUCUCUUGAAUGCAACAUUAUCCAUAUACGAUGGUGAUGACCUUCCUGUGGCUCAGAACAGAUUAGUGUUUGCGGUGAAGCAAAUCCUUUCAUGGAACCCUGAAAUUGCAAGCUCAAACUAUCAGCUCUCCUCUGAGUCUUGUCUUGCUCUGCAGAGAUUGCUUCCAGCGAUUAAAACGGUUUAUGGGUCCUAUUGGGAUAAGACACUGGAGUUCUGCAUUAAGAUUUGGGAAUCAAUGGAAAGCGAAGAGCACCACGAUCAGAAGCUCUCUAUGAUGGGGAUGUCUUUGAAACUAUUCUCGAAUUUACGGAGCUUGCAAGAUGCUAAUGAUGACCUUGAGGACGCGCUAACUAAAUAUGGAGAAACUGCAUCUCGUUGCUUCAUCAAGCUCAUGAAGCUACCUAGAUUUAAACCAACACAACCAAUUGAGUUUGUUGAUAAUAUCUUAUCGCGCUUGGUAGUUAAAAUACCUUUGAGUCAUGUCAAUGACAUCCCUGAAUUUUAUCCGUUGGUAGCUUCAGAAAAUAGGAUGGUCCAAUCCGCAGCAUUUGAUGUCCUUCAUCGAGCCAUUCCUGCAGAGCAAGAGGAGAUUUCAGUCAAUGCCAUUCUUGAGAAGAAAGGUAUGUAGCUACUUUAUGAUCCCUCGAAAUAUUACAUGCUAACUAGUUUAUAGAUGCUCAAUUACCAGUGGAAUUAUUGUCCCUUCUUUUAGAUGCACCAUCCAUCCGCAACUUUGAUGAUGAAGAGCUUGCAGAAUUUCCCCCUUCAAUUCGGAGCUAUUUACUUUCGUGGCAUUUAGUUUAUGACUCAUUCAGUACGGCAUCGUGGAAAGUUCGUAAAGACUAUUGCAAUCACCUCCAGUCUGAAAACUGCAUCGGAUCAUUCUUGACGUUUCUCUUCGACGUGUUAGGCCAUUCAGGAGGUGUACCUCUCAACCUCGAGAAAGCACAUUUUGAUGAAUCAUACAUCCGGAAAUAUGAUACCUCACUCGCGGAUGCUGAACCAAACGAGCGAAACAUGCAAUGGCUUCUUAUUCAUCUAUAUCAUCUAUGUCUUAAACACACUGGUGAUCUUGCCAAAAACUGGUUUUCUGUCUGCCAAUCCAAGCAGACACGUCAAGCAGUCGAGGCAUGGACAGAGAAAUAUUUUACUCCACUUCUGAUUUCAGAUAAGCUGGAUGAGGUUGAUGAGUGGGCAGCUUCAAAGGAGGCCAAGGAAGGAGGCGAGAAAGAACUCGAAAUUAAAGCCUCUAAGGGCGUACGCUCAGUCUUUGCUGGCUAUGAAAUUGAUGAUACUAGCAUCCAAAUUGCCAUUCGUUUCCCGCCUAACUAUCCCUUCUACAAUGUCAAAGUCGAGGGCCUCAACCGAGUUGCUGUACCAGAAAAGAAAUGGCGAAGUUGGCUACUCAUCGUACAGGGUGCCAUUACAUUCUCCAAUGGCAGCUUGAUCGAUGGACUAACCACCUUCCGUCGUAACGUUGAGGGUAGUCUUAAGGGACACACCGAAUGUGCCAUUUGCUACAGUAUCAUAUCUACCGACAAGAAAACGCCGGAUAAGAAAUGUGGAACGUGUAAGAAUACGUUUCACGGAAAUUGUCUGUUCAAAUGGUUUGCGAGCAGCAACCAGAGCUCGUGUCCAUUGUGUCGUUGUGCUUUCAAUUACGGUCGUUAAGUUGUACAGUUUGGUAGAGGCGUUUCAUGACGGAAAGAGAUGGGAGAAAGUUAUGGAAGGGGUACUUGGGUUUGUAGGAGGGGGAGGAGUAUGGUAUAUUUGGAUUUGAGCAUUCGGGUUCACGGAAAAAUUGAUUAAUGGGGAGAGGAUUUACUUUUACAUGCUCAAAUAGAUAGAUAGACAGAGUAUUGUUAUUUCACCAAUAUAUUAUAAUGAAACA